AUGAACUUUACAUACUACUAUUACACCCCAUCGGCUGCGGCUGCGGCGAUCUUCAUCGUGUUAUUUGGGCUGAGUACCCUUCUGCACUUUUACCAACUCGUGCGGACACGAACAUGGUUCAUGAUUCCAUUUUUGAUUGGAGGAAUUCUUGAAACUAUCGGUUACGUUGGCCGUUUACUAUCCUCGCGCGAGUCACCCAAUUUCACCGAAGGUCCCUAUGUCAUACAAAGCGCCUUGAUCCUGAUCGCGCCCGCCUUUUUCGCCGCAAGCAUCUAUAUGACUCUUGGUCGGAUCAUCUUCAUGACUGAUGCGGAGAAAUGCUCGGUAAUCAAGCUCAAAUGGUUGACCAAGAUCUUUGUGGCUGGUGACGUUUUGUCUUUCUUGAUGCAAGCCUCAGGAGCGGGUCUCAUGGUUGCGAAUUCUAGCAGCCCGAGUACUGGCGAACACGUCAUCAUUGGUGGUCUCUUCGUGCAGAUUGUCUUCUUUGGCCUUUUCACAAUCACUGCUAUCGUGUUCCAGGCACGAAUUUCAAAGAGCCCCACUGGUCGCUCAAUUGAUCUGGGAAACAUCUGGCCUCGGCAUAUGACUGCCCUCUAUAUCUCCAGCAUUCUUAUUUUGGUUCGCUCGAUCGUUCGUGUGGUAGAGUAUCUAGAGGGAUACAGCGGGUAUCUUAUGAAGCACGAAGUCUUCAUCUAUAUAUUCGAUGCACUGCUGAUGUUUUCCGUGAUGCUGGUUCUUCAGUAUUCGCACCCCAGUGAAAUCAAUUGCUUGCUGGGACGUGGCGAAAAGUAUUCGGAGAAGAUGAUCAAGACGCGGAAGUUUGUUCCCCGCUCGGCGCUUGAGCUUGGUGAAGACCGAGUAUAG